GGAGCCCUGUUCCCCAUGAGUGGAGGCUGGCCCGGCGGACAAGCCUGCCUCCCCGCCGCGCAGAUGGCUCUGGACCUGGUCAAUAAGAGGGCCGACAUAUUGCCGGAGUACCAGCUGGAGCUGAUACACUAUGACAGUAUGUGCGAUCCAGGUGAGGCCACCAAGCUGCUCUAUGACCUUCUGUACACGGAGCCCAUUAAAGUGGUGCUGAUGCCCGGCUGCAGCUCUGUGUCCACGCUGGUGGCCGAGGCUGCUCGCAUGUGGAACCUCAUAGUGUUGUCGUAUGGUUCCAGCUCUCCGGCUCUGUCUAAUCGCCAGCGGUUUCCCACCUUCUUCCGCACUCAUCCGUCUGCCACACUGCACAACCCCACUCGGGUGCAGCUCUUCCAGAAGUGGAAAUGGACCAAGAUUGCCACCAUUCAGCAAACAACCGAAGUCUUUACAUCAACUCUGGAUGAUCUGGAAGAGAGGGUGAAGGAAGCAGGGAUUGAAAUCAGCGUUCGUCAGAGCUUCCUCACCGACCCUGCUGUGGCUGUCAAAAACCUUAAGCGCCAGGAUGCCAGAAUUAUUGUUGGUCUGUUCUAUGAGACGGAGGCCAGGAAAGUCUUCUGUGAGGUUUACAAGGAGAAGCUGUAUGGGAAGAAGUAUGUGUGGUUCCUCAUCGGCUGGUACGCAGACAACUGGUUUAAAAUCAAGGACCCGUCCAUUAACUGCACUGUGGAGCAGAUGAGCGAAGCUGUGGAGGGCCAUGUGACCACUGAGAUCGUCAUGCUCAACCCAGAGACGGUGCGAGGGGCCUCCAACCUGACCUCUCAGGAAUUUCUAGCUCAGCUGAUGUCUAAACUUGGAGGUAAAAAUCCAGAGGAGACGGGCGGUUUCCAGGAGGCCCCCCUGGCCUACGAUGCUGUGUGGGCUCUAGCCCUGGCCCUGAACAAGACUGUGGGACCCCUAAAGGCCAAGGGUCACCGGCUAGAAGAUUUCAACUACAACAACCGGGAUAUCACAGCUGAGAUCUACCGAGCCAUGAACACCAGCUCCUUCGAAGGAGUUUCAGGUCAUGUUGUAUUUGAUGCUCAAGGAUCCCGAAUGGCCUGGACUCUUAUUGAACAGCUUCAAGGAGGGAGCUAUAAGAAGAUUGGAUACUACGACAGCACUAAAGGCAAUCUGUCCUGGUAUGGGAAUGACAAGUGGAUAGGCUCAGGGCCGCCUGCAGACCAGACAGUGGUCAUCGAGGAGUUUCGCUACCUGUCCCAGAAGAUCUUUGUGUCCGUGUCUGUCUUUGCUGGGUUGGGAAUCCUGCUGGGAAUCAUCUGCCUCACCUUCAACAUCUACAACAGCAAUGUCAGGUACAUUCAGAACUCUCAGCCCUACCUUAACAACAUGACUGCCGUGGGCUGCAUGAUGGCGCUGGGUGCUGUCUUCCCGCUGGGCAUCGAUGGCCUUCAUGUCCACAGGAGGCAGUUCCCCGUCGUCUGCCAGUUUCGCCUGUGGCUGCUCGGUCUGGGUUUCAGCCUCGCCUACGGCAGCAUGUUCACCAAGAUAUGGUGGGUCCAUACCGUCUUCACCAAGAAGGAUGAGAAGAAGGACAAGAGAAAGCACCUGGAACCAUGGAAACUCUAUGCAACCGUUGGUGUUUUGCUCAGCAUCGACAUCCUGUCUCUCAUGAUCUGGCAGAUUGUGGAUCCUUUACAUAUCACAGUGGAGAAAUUCACCAGAGAAGCCCCCAAAGGAGACCUGGAUGUUCUGAUUCAGCCUUUACUGGAACACUGCAGCUCAGAAAAGAUGAACACCUGGCUGGGUGUUGUGUAUGGUUAUAAAGGUUUGCUGCUGCUGCUCGGCAUCUUCCUGGCCUAUGAGACCAAGUCCAUCUCCACAGAGAAGAUCAAUGACCACCGAGCCGUGGGCAUGGCCAUCUAUAAUGUUGCUGUACUGUGUAUGAUAACAGCUCCAGUCACCAUGAUCCUGUCCUCUCAGCAGGACGCCUCCUUCGCCUUUGCUUCCUUGGCCAUAGUCUUCUCAGUCUACAUCACCCUGGUGGUUCUGUUCGUCCCCAAGAUGCGGCGUCUGGUCACACGGGGUGAGUGGCAGUCAGAUGCCCAGGAGACCAUGAAGACUGGCUCGUCUACCAAUAAUAAUGAUGAGGAGAAGUCUAGACAGCUGGAGAGAGAGAACAAGGAGCUCCAGAAGAUCAUCCAGGAGAAAGAAGAGCGUGUGUCUGAGCUAAGAAACCAGCUGUCUGAGCGGCAGGCCCUGCGGUCCAGGAGAAGAGGGUCCACUGUCUCUAAUCAGAAUCACAGCUCCUCAUCUCCUGCCAUUCCACAGAGUGACCCCAGGUCCCUGGCCCCUCCUCCAGGGUACCCCGUCCCCAUCUCUGACCUCCACCCCAUCCCUCCGUCCUUCGGCAACUCAUCCAGCCUCUACCAGCCGGACAGCAAGAUCAGCCGAAAUAACUGCCACACCAGCCGGCUGCAGCUGCUCUACAAGUGAGGGGCGAGGACAGCAAUAACUACAUAAAGAUUUGAAAAAGAACCAGAUCAUUACCUGUUGGAGGGGCUGACUCCAAAACUCAUUCCACCAAUCAGCAGAGGCUGGUGGAUAACCAGUUUUGGAGCUGAUCAAUCAAUAUGUUAUUUUUCUUUUCUCUCAGAAAAUGGAUGUACAUACGCCCACAUCUUGGUAAUCGUACAAUUUUGACUCUAAUCUGCCACUGAUUUAUCAUGUGCCAUCUACAUUUUGAAAAAAAAAGUGCUGUCACAAUGUUCGCUAAGCACUAGCCCCUUUAGCUACAGUUGCUAACCUGUCGAGCUUUCCAUUGUAACACUGCUCGUAAUGCAGUUUACUACAGAUUUACCACCGGAAUUUGUGUUAAUUUCUGAAUUAAAAAAAUCCUUGUCUAUAGAUU